AUUGUCCCGGUCACUGCCCACCCGCGUCCGGACUAUCCACUCAGCCCUUUGGGAUCUUGCCGUGCAGAAGUAAACGUGUGGUUACACGUCCAGUGUUUCUCUCCACCCCGGUUCCCUCACGUGUGACCUGGCCACCGCCCACCCAUCACUUUUCUACCCCACCUACGUCCUGUGCGUUGGGUUAUACUUUAAAUAACUGCCCCUCUGCCUUUACAGUUGGCGACCGACCACACUCUUAGACUAACCAGUCCUCAGCCUCGUGGGAUCUUGCUGUGCCUCGAUUGGCGUCCCUAUCCCCGCGCCCAAUGACUGUGGUUCUAAAGCACAGCUGCAAAAGGAUGGGGACCUCUAGAUUUUACACUUCGAAAAAUAGAGAAAAGAGUGGGCGAUGCCCCUGACAUUUGCAUCGCCGUCUUGAUACUAAGUGAGCGAGCGGAUCACAAAGAGUUAACGGUGGGAUCUUCAACCACCACCCCCCACUCCGGCACUGCACCGUACUCUGGAGGAGUUGGGCCGCGUGUUUCACUGUUUUGCGGGAAGCACUUGUCCCUUUACGGUUACACGCUAGCGUAGCUGCGAAUUCCCAUUUCAACGUAAGGAAUGCAAAAGAGAGGAGGGAAAGUAACUCCCGUUCCCCGGGUCUACAGGAGAACUCUCCGCCCCGGCUCAACACGAAGGCACAAAGAUUGUUCUUCAAGUCCAGCCUGCUCCCCCCCACCCCCGAACACCUGUCUGUUAACCUCUUCUGCGCCGAAAUUCCAGCGAGACUUGUAGCCCGGAGACGAGCCCUGAUCUUGUUUAUGGGCAGACCAGCGUGCCAGAGGUCGCUGCCAGCGCGGAAUUCAUUGUGUUCGGAAUGAACGGAGGUGCUGUUUAUUCAACCGCGUCGCUGCCUGGUUGGUGGGAGGGGGAGCGGAGUAAACUCGCUCUUUUGUGCUAAGUCACAGUUUUGCGAAGCCUUUCACCCCUGCCUUUGUCAGUGCACGGAGUUGCUGGUCGCACUGACCGGCUGGCGUUUUAAAAUCACCCACUGCUUCACGUACGCCCCAAAAAAAUUCAACUGACCGGCAUCGAAAGAUAUCUACCAGGAACUCCCGUGCAACGUUGCCUGCAAGGCGGACGUUCCUCGACGAGAGAGUCGACCGGGACAUUGUUCAGCGCCUCCUGAGCCACCUUGUUAAUCUACAAUCUGGGAGAGGGUCACCGAGCGAAGCAAUCGGCCCUAGCGCGCAGAUUCAUCCCUUCGAAGACAACUUGCGCCCGAGAUGAAGAAAUGAGGAGCCCCUGAGAAAAUUGACAAUCAGCAGCGCUAGGAGAUCAUGGGGACUGCUGUCGUUCUCCUCGUUCUGCUGCUGGGGCUAUUCAGUGAGUGGUCAGCUGCAGAGAUGAAUCUUGAGCAAUGCCGCUUUGCGCUGGGUAUGCAGGAUUCAAUCAUCAGGGAUGAAGACAUCGUGGCGUCCAGCAUGUGGUCGGAGUCCACCGCGGCGAAACAUGGCAGGUUGGGGACAGAGAAUGGUGAUGGAGCCUGGUGCCCAGCCAAGUCGGUGUUUCAAAAGCCCAGCGAGUUCCUGCAGGUGGACCUGCGGCGACUGUACUUCAUCACGCUGGUGGGCACGCAGGGCCGCCACUCCAGUGGGCAUGGCAACGAGUACGCCCGCCUUUACAGCCUUCAAUACAGUCGGAACGGCAAGGACUGGAAGACCUGGAGAGACCGGAAUGGCGUUGAGGUGAUCACGGGCAACUCAAACCCCUACGACGUGAUCCUGAAGGACCUGGGGCCUCCGAUCAUCGCCCGCUUCGUGCGUUUUUACCCGAUGGCGGACCGUGUGAUGAGUGUGUGCAUGAGGGUAGAGCUCUAUGGCUGCCCGUGGGAAGAUGGCCUGAAGUCGUACACCAUCCCUAUGGGCCAGGUGAUGAAUGUGUCAGGGCUGCCCCCGGUCAACCUCAAUGAUUCCACGUACGAUGGCAGCCGGAUCGGAAGGUUACACUACGGAGGCCUGGGGCAGCUAACAGAUGGAGUAUUGGGGCUGGAUGACUUCACCCAGAGCCACGAGCUGCGAGUCUGGCCUGGCUACGACUACGUGGGCUGGCAGAACCGCACGCUGGGCCGUGAUUAUGUGGAGAUGGAGUUCCACUUUGACCAGCUCAGCACGUUCGACUACAUGAAGGUCCAUUGCAACAACAUGUUCACCUACCACGUGAAGGCAUUCCGAAAGGUGGAAUGUUUCUUCAAGCCGAGUGUGACUGGCUCCUGGGAUCCGGUGCCUGUCAGCUCCACCAUGGUCCAUGACAACAAGAACCCCAGCGCCCGUUUCGUCAAGGUGCCUCUGCGCCAGCGAGUUGGCCAGGUGGUGCGCUGCAACUUCUACUUCGCCGACGCCUGGAUGAUGUUCAGCGAGGUCACCUUCCGCCUGGGCUCCAGAAUCACGACUCCUCUCCACACGGAUCUAAAGCCACGCGCUCCCGCCCCGCCAGAAUUGGGAACCAUAAUCCCGCCGGCAAGACAGUCCACUGCCAAUCACCGGAUGGAUGCCAUGAUUCCGACCGUCAGUAACCUAGACAUGGAUUCAUCGGUGAACAUAUCCCCGGAUUCUGGCCGCCCCGUCGCCAAGGCCGACCACAGCAACACCUCCAUGCUGAUUGGUUGCCUGGUGGCCAUCAUCCUCCUUCUCCUAAUUGUCAUCUUCAUCAUCCUGUGGCGGCAGUACUGGAAGAAGAUUCUCGGGAAGGCUCAGCGGCGGAUCUCAGACGGGGACUUGACCGUGAGGCUCUCCACGCCCGGUGACACCAUCGUCAUCAACAACACCCAGACCAGCGGGGCCACCAGCCGCCACUCCAACCUGUACGAGCGCAUCAGCUCCGGGGAGCUGGAAUACCAGGAGCCCAGCAGAGUGCGGAUGAAACUGCCCGAUCUGCCACAGGGAGCGACUGAUGGAGACGCUCUCCUGUUAAACAACCCAGCCUAUCACCUCUUACUCUCUGCAAACCCUCACCCGAUUGGAGGCCCUGGCUGCUCUAAGGACCAGCUUAAGCCAAUCAACACAGAUGCAUGCAACGGGGAGUACGCGGAGCCUGACCUCACCAAGAUGGCCGUUCAAACGGGCUUCCCUAACAGCGUGCCCCACUAUGCCGAGGCUGACAUCAUCAACCUGCAGGGAGUGACGGGAAAUAAUACAUACGCUGUCCCUGCCAUCGCCAUUGACAUGCUGGCUGGAAAGGAGGUCACUGUUGGCGAGUUCCCACGGCAACGCCUUGUCUUCCGGGAGAAGCUGGGGGAGGGCCAGUUUGGGGAGGUUCACCUGUGUGAAGUGCAUAACCCUCAGGAGCUGGAGGACUUGGGAAUCCCCCUCAAUGUCCACAAAGGUCGACCGCUUAUGGUGGCUGUGAAGAUGCUGCGCUCAGAUGCCACCAAGAAUGCCAGGAAUGAUUUCUUGAAGGAAGUGAAGAUCAUGUCACGGCUGAAAGACCCCAACAUCAUCCGGCUGCUGGGCGUAUGCGUGAGGGAUGACCCACUCUGCAUGAUCACUGAGUACAUGGAGAAUGGGGAUCUCAACCAGUUCCUCAGCCAGCACGAGCUGGGAGACAAGUUUGCAAUGGCCACCAACGUCCCGAGCAUCAGUUAUCCAAGCCUCGUGCACAUGGCCAGCCAGAUCGCUUCAGGCAUGAAGUACCUGGCUUCAAUGAACUUUGUUCACCGAGACCUUGCCACGCGGAACUGCCUGGUUGGCGAGAACUACACCAUCAAGAUCGCCGACUUCGGGAUGAGCCGAAACCUGUACGCGGGCGACUACUACCGGAUCCAGGGGCGGGCCGUGCUCCCCAUUCGCUGGAUGGCCUGGGAAAGCAUUCUGCUGGGCAAGUUCACCACCAGCAGCGACGUCUGGGCCUUCGGCGUGACCUUGUGGGAGAUCCUGGUGCUCUGCAAGGAGCAGCCCUACUACCACCUCACAGACGAGCUGGUCAUUGAGAACGCAGGCGAGUUCUUCAGGGAGCAGGGCAAGCAGGUUUACCUCCCUCGCCCAGCCAUCUGCCCCCAAGCCCUCUACAACGUCAUGGUGAACUGCUGGAGGAGGGAUGCCAAGGACCGGCCAACUUUCCAGCAGAUCCAUCAGUUCCUCACAGAGGAUGCCAUGAACAUGGUGUAGACAGGACUUGGGCCGGGUGAACCCGGCUGACACCAUCUCUGAGACUGAGGGCCAUCACAUUGAGGAGGGUCUUCCAUAAGCUGCCGCCGCUGUAGGAGCUUCGCCUUAGGGCCUGGGGUUGGAACCUCUAGUACUUGUAGGUUUACUUUCCUUUCGUCUUGCAGUAGUCACUUGAACAGAACUUGAUGGCCAACAAAUCUUUGUGCACUUGGGCUCUCCGGCACACCUUGCUCCGUGGAAGGGUGGUGAUACAUGGGCUUCGCAACAAGUUCCAAUCCCCACCGCUGUCUCAGGACCACACACUCAUGUUCAGGCGGAACCCAGGAAUCAGCUUCUCCCCUAAGCCCAACCCCAGCCUUCCACCCUCUCUCCUCUCCAUGAAUUGCAUGGGAAAAGCCUGUUGAAGGAUUGAGAACUGUGAGCCCUUUGGAUUCUUUUAUUUUUUGGGAAAAACACUGGAAUUUGGAACUUUACUGUGGGUCAAAAGGUUUCUGUGACAUCUCUCCUUGUAGCUCACGGUGCUCCAUCUCAGCUCCCUGCUGCCAGUGGGGAGCAACAUUUUGUGCAUCGUCUCACCACCUCUCUGGUCUUGGCCAGAACGUACUACUGUGAUACAGAAUGCUCAUUUGACUACUAAGGCUUAACCCACUGGAGCAAGAGGAAGAGUGAUUGGGAAGUGUGUGUGUGUGUCUGUCUGUCUGUGUGUCUCUCUCUCUCGCUCUGAAUGCAUGUAGGUGUCGUUAAGUGUAUACAGGUCUGUUUGAUUAUCUCUUUGAGAGAGCAAGUGUGUGUGGACGUGUUCUAAAAUACCAAAUUUCUGGAGGAACCCGACAGGAACUUGUCUCUUUGUUAGCAUGCAUACAUUCUGAUGAGCGUGCACAGAUAUUGUGGUUCAUGUGGUUUUGUCAGAAUGUCCUUGUUAUCUGUGUGUAUGUAUGUGCUCUGUACUCGAGCACACCUAUGUGAGUUUGCUCAUUGGUGAGCCAGCAAGAAAGUAUGCAUGUGUAUAACUGUGUGUAUUUGUGUGUCUACCCAAGUAUAUAUGUAAAUGUGUGCAUGUGUCUACAUGUGUACCCGUAAGUGCACACACUUGUAUGUAUGGGGUGUGUGUGUCUAUAUACACUGACGGGUAUCCAAGUGUGUGUGCGCAUGUCUACAUAUGCAUAUGUGUAAAUAUGUGAACAUGUAUAUAUGGUGUGUGUGUGACAUACAGUAUGUGUUUCUGUGAAUGUGUACAUGUGUAUAUAAGGUUUGUGCAUGCGUGUAUGUCCACAUAUGUAUAUCUGCGAAUGUGUGAAUGAGUGCUUGUGUGCAUUUCAGAGUGAGAGAAAGAGUUGCUGUUAAAUGUUUACUCCAAUCAAAAUACAAAAUUAAUUGAACACUCACUCCAGCUCCAUUGAGGUGAAGUGAAUGCAAUCCUGGUAUAAGCAGAACCACAGCCACUGAUCCACCAGAGAUGCAAUGCAUUCUCGAUGGGUCACAGAAUUCCUGCAGCAUGGACUUCACUGCCUGGGUCAACACUGGACUAUUGCAAACUUACUUGAUCAGCCAGCACCCCCCACGCCACUAAAGAGGGGGUGUUGUUUAUCUCACUGUCUCUCAGUGAUGGGAUCAGUGAUGCUUGAAUUCGAACAUUAAUCCUAACUAUUCACACAGACAAUUUCAAUUGAUUUGACGACAGGUUUCUCAGGCGAUUCUGUGGAAUUCACUGACAGGACUGACCUUGGGCAAUGGUUUCACUCAUUCUACAUUCUGACUUAGCAUGACUUGAAUUGGGGAAGCUCCUUUUCUAGUUGUACUUGGCUUCCAAAGAGAAGAAAUGUGUGUCCGAUGAAUGGGACAGAUUCGGGUUGAAGACUAAUGGACUGUGUCAAUGUGAGGAUUCUGCCUUCAGUUGGAAGAACCCUCCAGGGCAGAGACAGAAUCAGGGGUUUGGAUUCAUCCAACGUGGCUUAACUACUGAAUGUGCAUCUGACUACUCAAUGGACAAGAAGCUGAGAGUCUGAGAGCUUCAAUGGGACAUUUGUCAUUGCUCCCCAUGACCUCAAGUUAUUCAUUAAACCAUCGCCUUUCUCCCACACUGCUCAGCCAGUGGGGUGACAAACAAGUCCAACAGCCACCUCCCAAUCGAUGGAUUUCACAGGCCAUUAUCCAACAUGGGUGAAAGACUCGAUCUGUGGAGGGGGUAAAGUGGGCUUUAACCCAACUUUGGGGGGGGCUGUGAAACCUGGUAGGGGGAGGAAAACAUCAGAUUCUGGCUAGACUUGGGUCCUAAGGAGCGGCCCACAAGUCCGGUGAGUUAGUCUAGUUCACCCUGUAAAACAUUGAGAUGGGACAGAGAGUGCAUAGUCAUGUCUGGUUCCACUCUCUCAUCUCCUCUUCCCCCCACCAUGCAGAGUCCAGUCUGGUCCUGACAUUAGACAGAAUCUCGGGGGGGUAAAGUGAGAUAGGGGAGGCAAAUGCUGUCCCCAAUUUCCUUGAUGUGAAUGGUGCUGGUCAUCAUUGGGAGUGCAGAGAGGUGCAUCAAUCAGCAGCUUUCUAAGCAAUUCGGCCUCUUAUAAACUUCCUUCCAACCAUCCUCCACCUCUUGCCACCUUCCUCAACCCCCCCCACCCUCCUCAUGAAUCAUUCACCUUCUGUGGUGCUGGUACACGCCAGCGUUCAAUGCCCAUCCCUAACUGACCCAACACCCAUUGGUCCCUGCAGCAAGUCACCUGGUUAGGAUGGAGAUCACUCUUAGUCACAAUGAAAGCUGUAAUGGGCUUGAGGGGCUGAAUGUCCUUCUCUGGUCAUUGCUGAGAGUCUGGAGCCAUGAAUAGAACUUUGCUAUGAAAGCCCAUCAACACAUGCAGGUAGUCGGUCUGACACUUCACUGACAUUGAGUAAAUGUAGCUUAAAUCGCAUCUCUGCCUCCAUGAGUGAGUAUUGUAACCACAAUAGGCAACUGACUGGACCCAUCCCCUCACACCCCUUCACUCACCUCACCCAGCCCACAGUACAGAAAUCCCACAAGCUGGCUUGUAUUACUCUGAAAUAUACAGGGUCUGGAGAUGACUUGAUUGAAGGAGUGUUUUUGGGUGUAGGGGUGGGGGGAGUGUGGAUAUUAAGGAGCCAAUGAAAGAUAUUCCUGCUGAUGGAAGUUUGAGGAAAGGGGAGAGAACCUUACUAGAAGCCCAGUCCAGGAAUUUUCAGAGUGAACCUGAAAUUCGCUUGCUGGAAAUCCAGAUUAAUGCGCGCACACAUACAAUGCUGGAUGAUCUCGGCAGGCCAAGCAAAAUCAGUGGAGAGGACUAAACAGUGGAUGUUUGGGGUGAGGACUGUCAGGACUCUCUCAAACUGAAGGUUGAAAUAUGGGGCUUCAAUCUGCACGUUCUAAUUCCAUCAAUGCGUUCUGCCCUGGGUUGAUGAGUCUGGCAGAGAAGGAAGGUGAAAGGGCUUGGGAGGUAGACCAGUCUCCAUCACAUUAAAAGGCUGGAGGGUCAAAGCCUCACUGCUACCCUAUAAAAUAUUAAACUGCAAAAAUGGCUUAAGCAUAUAAGCUGUACCAAUCUGGUCAGGUGAGUUACAAACCAAAGGCAGAAAAUGUCGGAAGAUCUAUCUCAGCCAGUCAAGCAGCAUGUCUGGAAAGAGUGUGCAGUUAAUGUUUCGGAUCAGGAAUUCUCAGUGCAAACCAGAGACUCAGGGUGACUCUGAUGCAUGGAACAGGCUGCAUUCCUAGACAUUACUGUUCUGUUUCCAAUUCCAGUUUGAUUUUGGUUUCAGUCCUGCAAACCCAAAAUGUCCACUGUUUCUUUCUUCUCACAGAUGCUGCUCAACCCUCUGAGUUCCUCCAGCAAGUUGUAUGUUGCUGCAGAUUCCAGCAUCUGCAGUCCCUCAUGUCACCUGAUUAGUUUGCCUGUGUAUGGGUGCGUUAGUGUAGAAUCACAAUCAGACGAUAAUUUCACUGCAAAUCUCAUGUAGAUAUGGUGCUGUCAUCUCGUCGUUUAAUCUUUGAACUCUUUCUUUGGAGAGGUGUAUAGUUUCCUACCAGUCCAACUACUGCUCAGGCAGGUACUUUAAACAUCCUGCCUUCAAAUCCAGGAAUAGGGUGGUCAUUUGUUCUUAAACCAUUCAACGUACCACAGGUACUGUGGAUGUUUAAGAUUGUAGAUGAGGAGGAAGUGCACGCAGUGGCCAUUUUACUAGGCAUGCUUGUACCCCUGCUCAUUAAUGCAAAUAUCUAAUCAGCCGAUUAUGGUGGCAGCAACUCAAUACAUAAAAGCAUGCAGACAUGGUCAAGAGGUUCAGUUGUUAUUCAGAUCAAGCAACAGAAUGGGGAAGAAAUGUGAUCUAAGUGUCUUUGACCAUGGAAUGGUUGUUGAUGCUAGACUGGCUGAUUUGAGUGUCUCAAACUACUGAUCUCUUGGAAAUUGUAAGCACGCCGUCCUUAGGGUUUACAGAGAAUGGUGCAAAAAAAAAUACUGUGGAUGAAAGCACCUUGUUAAUGAGAGAGGUAGGAGGAGAAUGCUCUGACUGGCUCAAGCUGACAGAAAGGCGACAGUAACUCAAAUAACCAAGUGGUGUGCAAAAGAGCAUCUCUGAACGCUCAACACGUCGAAACUUGAAGCGGUUCCACUGCUCUACCUAAUAAAGUGGCCACUGAGUGCAUAUGUGUAGUAUAAAUUUAUUGAUGUAUACGGUGAAAUAUUAAUGGGUAUUUUUUUUCUAAACCUUUUGUGUCAUGGAAUCAAACUGUCCUGAAUUCUGUGGGGGAUGUGUGUAAAUAUUUUACGAAGAGAUUUUUACACUAAUAUAUAUGAAAUCACUUUAACGCUUCUCGGUAGAUCUUGUUCUUGCUUGCAUUGCUGUAGAUGUUUGUAAUAAAGUGUCGUUUGAGUGUUUAA